AUCGACCUUGACAUUAAUCCAAAAUUAACGACUAUAAUCUCUUUGUGACAUUAGCACGGGAUUUAAAAUAUUUUUUUUCCGGCUCUAACGAUGCAGCGUUUAAAGUGGCUACGUUAUAUGACAAAAAAUACGCAGGUGUAUAACGGAAUAUAAAUAAUUGGUAAAUGGAAUAAAAUCAUUGUCACAAAAAGUUGCGUGCGUCAUUGCAACUUUAAUUGUGUUAAUUUUUUAACAAACUUUUAUCAUUUUUAUUUAUAAUUUUUACAAAAUAGAGAAAAAGUAUGACCACCGUGGGAUAAAAGAAGAAAGUAAUUUCAGCAAGAGACACCGUCUCUUAUCGAUGAAAAUGGGGAAAAAAAAAAACAAUAAAAAAAAAAAAAAAGAAUUUAUAAUUUCAAAUUAUUCUAGGUGAAACCUAGAAUUAAUCUAGAUAAUAUAGAUGAUAUUUUGGAUCAAGGGAGUUUUAUGUGUGCGUCUAUAAAGAUAAAAACAGGGGCGGAUGAACCACGAGAGCAUGGUGGUGGUACGCUUCAUUUCGCGCAUGCUACCUUAUCAUGUGGGGGUUGCUUGAAUCCAGAAUGGAUAAAAGAGAGAGAGGGAGAGAAUGAGUGACGCGAUGGUGGGAGGAAAGAGGAUGACGAACAUAUAAGGAUAGGGUGACUUCGAAAUAUCGUCACUGCUUUGAUUAAUAUACGCUAGCAAGUUUUCCCGCGGUUCUCUUCGGGGAAAAAUUUCGAAUAAAUUGUGACACGUGACGUUAACGCGAUUUUCCUUUGUGUUAUCAUACAAAUCACGUAUCACGUUGAUUUUGCACGAGCAUGUCUCUUUAUCAUCGCGAGACUGAUCACAUUAACGUUACUGUUAAUGAAGAAAUAAGUCCAAUUAUUUACGUGGGUGCAUCCGUUGUACUCGGUAUUAUUGGCUUUUUUGGUUUUACUCUGAAUUUGAUUGUCGCAUUUAUCAUCGUUAAGGACGCUCAAUCACUCUGGACUCCUGUCAAUGUAAUUCUUUUCAAUAUGGUCGUUGGAGAUUUUAUUGUAGCUGCCUUGGGGAAUCCUUUGGCAAUGAUUUCGGCGAUCAACGGUGGAUGGUAUUGGGACUAUAACAUGUGUCUUUGGUACGCCUGGUUCAUGUCGACAUUGGGAUUCGCUAGUAUUGGUAACUUAACCGUGAUGGCUGUCGAAAGAUGGUUAUUAAUUACACGACCGAUGAAAGCGUUGUCGAUUCGGCACGCCAUGUUCCUAGCAUUUGCGGUGUGGAUUUACGCGCUAUCCUUGUCGUUACCACCACUUUUCGGUUGGGGUAGUUACGGUCCAGAGGCCGGAAACGUAUCCUGUAGCGUGUCCUGGGAAGUUCACGAUUCAGCAACUAAUAGCGACAGCUACAUAGGAUUCCUAUUUAUUCUCGGACUCGUUCUACCAGUUGUCGUUAUAGUCACAAGUUAUUUUGCAAUCGUGACAACUACCAUAAGAGUGAAGAAGAAAGCCGGUGCCAGAGGGAGACGCGAGGCCAAAGUAACGAAAAUGGUAGCACUAAUGAUAAGCACUUUUCUCAUCGCUUGGUCACCUUACGCCGCCCUUGCUCUUGCGGCUCAAUAUUUUAAUGUGAAACCGUCACCCUCGGUAGCCGUAUUACCAGCUCUCCUGGCUAAAUCCUCCAUUUGUUACAAUCCCAUCAUUUACGCUGGAUUAAACGCUCAGUUUCCGCGGUCUUUGAAAAAGAUUCUUGGUAUUCGUGAUAUUGAAACUGGCACGAACGGGAGUCAACAGACUGCUUUGACUACGAUCAACAAACAGUAGCAGAAGCACUGAAACCAACCAAUCGGAAAUCUGAGUUCUCUUCUUUGGUUUCGAUUACCUAUCACGCAUGAAUACUGCAACUUGGAUAAGAUUUAUCUUAUUUUAUCGAAAGUUAGUAUAUACGUAUAUAUUACAUGUUCCCGUAUAUACCACUGUAUGUGUCUAUAUAUGCGUUUUUGGGAUAACAA